AUGUUUUCUGUCCUGCCCUAUCGAGACUUCAGCCAGAUCAACGAUCAAAGGUUAGACUGCGGCCAUCAGAACAACAUCAGUGGAGCGACUCAAGACGCAGUGAUGCUGAUUGAUGCUGUUGAACCUGGAGCCAAGGGUAAGACAGUGUCGUACACAAAACUUCUGUCUCACACUAAUGCCUUAAGCAGCAGCAGCGGCGGCUCUGACGUCUUCGCACUGCAUUCUGGGUCACAGUGUGUUUUGAGUCCAGCAUGUGUCCUCACUCAGACUGGCAUAAAGAGAGGAUUCAAAGGGAAAAACAUUGAUGAUUAUGACCCGAAUCUUCUGGAUGAUCCACAGUGGCCUUGUGGGAAACACAAACGAGUGCUUGUCUUUCCAUCUUAUACGACAACGGUCAUUGAAUACGUGAAGCCGUCCGACCUGAAGAAAGACAUGAAUGAAACAUUCAGCGAAAAGUUUCCACAUGUUCAACUGACCCUCAGCAAAAUCAGAAGUCUGAAAAGAGAGAUUCGGAAAUUGGCCCAGGAGGAUUGUGGGUAUGAGGAGCCGACGAUUGCAAUGGCUUAUGUCUAUUUUGAAAAGCUCGCCCUGUACGGUAAACUGGACAAGCAGAAUCGUAAACUUUGCGCCGGAGCUUGUAUCCUUCUCGCUGCCAAAAUAAGCAAUGACCUCAAGAGGCCAGAGGUCAAACACCUCAUAGAUAGACUGGAGGAGCGACUGCGGCUGAAUCGCAGGGAACUUUUAUCACUGGAGUUUCCUGCGCUGGUGGCGCUCGAGUUUAAACUGCAUCUGCCACAGCGUGAGAUCUUACCGCACUACAGACGCCUCUGUCAGACCAGAUCCUCAAAACCCACCCUACUGCUGUUCAGUAUUUAG